GAAAAAAAGCUCAGACUUGACGAAUGAAACCAUUUUGAAUAAAAAUCAAGUCUUAUCUAUUUUGUUCUCUCUGCUCAGAGUCUCGGGUUGUUGAGGACUAAUCACUGAAGCAGAUCUAUAUACCGAGAGGCUAUAGAAGAUGUACGAGCAGCAGCAGCAGCAGCAACAUUUCGUGGAUUUGCAAAGCGAUUCUGGAUUUGGGGAUGAUAGCUCAUGGCUCGCCGGCGAUGACGAUCUCCGACUGUCUCCUCGCCAAUCUGCUUCCGCGACCAACUCCGGCAAUGAGAAUCUGGAUCGUCGUCUUUUAAAAGACCUCGUUGAGAUGGUUCCCCUUAUCGAGCAUUACAUGGAACAUAAAGAAAGGAGUUCGUUUAAGCGGCGUGGUUCCAUGAUCUACACUAAGAUGCCUUCCAAAGAAUCCUUGUCCAGAAGGGGAAGGAAUGCUUCUCAAACAGUCCCAGGGAGAAAGAAGAGAGAUCCUGAGGACAAUGGCGAUGAUAUGAACAAUUCUUUGGAAGAUGGUGAAAACACGAAGGCUUUGGCUGGUGCCGAAAAGGAAGAACUGAGUAGACUAAGAGAGCAAGUGAGUGAUUUGCAGACCAAAUUAUCGGAGAAAGAAGAGGCUUUAAAGUCAAUGGAAAUGUCAAAGAAUCAGGUAAACGAGACCCAAGAAAAGCUUGAAGCAACAAAACGAUUGGUUUCUGAGAAGGAGAUGUUGAUCAAGUCUAUGCAGUUACAAUUAUCGGACACAAAGAUCAAACUUGCAGACAAGCAAGCUGCCCUUGAGAAGACUCAAUGGGAAGCAAAAACAACAGGGGCGAGGGAAAUCAAGCUGCAAGAACAGCUAGAAACUCUUGAAGGAGAAAUCUCUGCAUUCACUCAGGUAUUCAAAACUCUGGCGAAACCCGAUUCCAAAAACCCCGACAGGGAUUAUGAUGCAGCACCAUAUGAAUUUGAUCCUCUUCCAUAUCUUGACGAUGUAGAUGAAACUGAAUUGAGGAAAUUGGAAGAAGCAAGAUUAGCUUAUAUUGCAGCAGUGACAACGGCAAAGGAACGAGAGGAUGAAGAAUCUCUGGCUAUGGCUGCUAAAGCACGAGCGUAUCUGCAAUCACUAGCCUUUACAUAUUAAUCAUCUUGAGGUACUUUCUUAUAGGAUUUUUCUCUCCUUGGUUUGUUUUAGGUGUAUGUAGAUUUGUACCAUGAAAAAAUUGGAGAAGAAAAGCUAAUGCGAGAAACACAAAGUUAUGUUUUCCCCUAAAACAAUGAACGCUACUCGAGUUUUUGUUCUUCAAAUUGAGCGAGCUUGUAUGAUGUAUCUAUUUGGUCUUCUAUAUUUUCGGAACAUAAUAUCAUAUCGUAUAA